AUGGAUGCAACAGAGCUAAAACGCGUGUUCCAAAUGUUCGACAAGAACGGAGACGGGACGAUCACGAGGAAAGAGCUGAGCGAGACGCUGAGAAGCCUAGGGAUUUACAUCCCCGACAAGGAAUUGACGCAGAUGAUCGAGAAGAUCGACGUGAACGGCGAUGGGUGUGUGGACAUAGACGAGUUUGGCGCGCUUUACAAGACGUUGAUGGACGAGGAAGACGAAGAGGAAGAGGACAUGAAGGAAGCAUUCAACGUGUUUGACCAGAACGGAGAUGGGUUUAUAACGGUGGAUGAGUUGAAGACGGUUUUGUCUUCCUUGGGGUUAAAGCAAGAGAGUCGCUUACCACGACGAGUCUUCAAUUCUUCAUUUCACAUUUCACUCCCUGCCUGGACUCGUACUCGUGAAAUUCAUCGGUUUCAAGCUCUCUGGAUCUUUGAAUCGGCAAAGGAAAUGGGAAGAGAGAAGAGUCCUGGCUUGAAGAUCCUCUGGGUCUGGACUCUCGGCACUGCUGCUAUAUUGGUGACGAGUGUUGUCCGCACAAGAAUGCAGGACAUGGAAUCGAUGAUGAACCAGGACCAAGCACCGAAACAAAGCCAGAAUACAAGUGCAGGUGUUUCCGUCUUAACGGAUGAAACAGCUUUGCCCGAGUCAGAUCGAGAGAUUGCUGAAAAACUCUAA